CAGAUCCUUCCCAUCUACGACUUCCUUUCCUACAGAACUUCCCUUUCCGCUGAUCUCCUUUCCUUGGACCAUCCAUGGGAUCUCAUUCUGUUUGUGCUGAUUUGCAUCCUUUUUCUGCUGCCCUAGAAACUCCUGUUCUGAUGAUGUCUUCCCCUCCCUGUCACUCUUCUUUGAUGGCCAUCUACAGCUCAUUCAUAUCCAGGAAUUCCUCUUUUGCUGAUCUUUCUCAUUCCUCACUCCCCCCUGCCCUGAAGUUUCCAGCUGGAUGUUUUAGCUGUGUACACUAUGUGCUUCGUGAAAGAUGUGGAUGAGUGUGCCCAAGGGACUGAUGACUGUCAUCCAGAUGCUAUUUGUCAAAACAUUCCAAAGCUGUACAAGUGCACAUGCAAACUGGGUUACAGUGGUGAAGGGAAAAUGUGUGAAGACAUUGAUGAAUGUGAUAACGACUUCAAUGGAGGCUGCGUACAUGAAUGUUUCAACAUUCCAGGCAAUUAUCGCUGUACUUGUUAUGAUGGUUUCAUGUUGGCGCACGAUGGCCAUAAUUGUCUCGAUAUGGAUGAAUGUAUGUUCAACAACGGUGGUUGCCAGCAUCUGUGUGUCAAUACCAUGGGGAGCUAUGAGUGUCGUUGUAAGGCAGGGUUCUUCCUGAGUGACAACCAGCACACGUGCAUUCACCAUUCCGAAGAUGGCAUGAGCUGCAUGAAUAAAGACCAUGGCUGUGCCCAUAUCUGCAGAGAAGCACCGAAAGGAGGAGUGGCAUGUGAAUGCAGACCUGGAUUUGAACUGGCCAGGAACCAGAGGGACUGCAUUUUGACGUGCAAUCAUGGGAAUGGUGGGUGUCAGCAUACAUGUGAGGAUGCUGAUGAUGGGCCCAUUUGUGGAUGUCACCCAAAGUACACAGUGCACUCGGAUGGGAAAACCUGCCUUGAAAGAGAGGAGGGUGUACCUGAUAUCUCUGAAAGCAAUGCCACAACAGGAGCGGAUGUGGACAAGCGAGUAAAGCGGCGGCUGAUCAUGGAAACAUGCGCUGUAAAUAAUGGUGGCUGCGACCGCACUUGCAAAGACACCUCGACUGGAGUUCAUUGCAGCUGUCCCGUCGGAUUUACACUCCAGUUUGAUGGGAAGACGUGUAAAGAUAUUGAUGAAUGCCAGGCCAGCAAUGGAGGCUGUGAUCAUUUUUGUAAAAACACUGUCGGCAGUUUUGAUUGCAGCUGCAAAAAAGGAUUUAAAUUAUUGACAGAUGAGAAGUCUUGUCAAGACAUUGAUGAAUGUUCUUUUGAAAGGACAUGUGACCAUACGUGCAUCAAUCAUCCAGGCUCUUUUGAGUGUAGUUGUAACAAAGGAUACAUUCUCUAUGGCUUCACACAUUGUGGAGAUAUUAACGAAUGUAGCAUCAACAAUGGAGGCUGCCAGCAGACCUGUGUGAACACACUGGGGGAUUAUGAAUGUCUGUGUCAUUCCAGCCACAAAUUACACUGGAAUAAAAAGGACUGUGUUGAGAUAGAGGGGUCCCUGCCUGAUGAUACGUCACCCAAAGUAUUGCUGUCCUGUAUAAGGAGUGAUGGGAGUGAUAGGUGCAUCUUAAACUGUCCCUCCGAGGUACAUUUGAUUUCUGGAAUGCAAGACGCCUACACUCUGACCUGUGGCAGCUCUUCUCAGCUUAAGAAAAAACAGCAAAAUACAAAUGAAUCUACUUGCCUGGAUACCUCAACCAUCAAGACAAGUGUAACCUUUAAGUUUAAUGAAGGAACAUGUAGUUUGAAAAAGACUGAGAUGUUUCGAGAAGGUCUGCAACAGAUAAUACCAGAUAAUCAUAACUCAGUAAUGGAGAGCUUCUACUAUGUAAACCUAAAAUGCAGCUCUGGCAAGAAAGUUCUUGGAGCCGUCAGCAGACCCACGACAGCUAAAGAAAUGUUUAUCACAGUGGACUUUGAGCUUGAAACAAACCAAAAGGAGGUGACAGACACAUGUGAUUUGAGCUGUGCUCGAAAAAGGACUGAGAAGAGACUCCGCAAAACAAUUAGAACCUUGCGGAAGGUAAUCAACAGGGAGCAAUUCCAUGUUCGUCUCUCUGGUAUGGACCAUGAAGUGGCCAAAAAGUCUCCCAGACUCUUGAAUCUACAGGAGUUCUGUGGCAUGGGACAAAUGCAUGUGGAUAACAGAUGUGCUAGCUGCAGUAUUGGAACAUACUAUGAUGGGGAACAAGAACUCUGUGUUUUAUGCCCUAAUGGAACAUACCAAGAUGAGGAAGGACAAAUAACUUGUGAACCUUGCCCAAGUCCUCAGAACCCAGGAAACCAAAAAUUAGCUGGAGCUCGUGGUAUAUCUGAAUGUGGAGAUCAGUGCUCACUGGGUGAAUAUUCCUCUGAUGGCUUCAAGCCCUGUCUGCCAUGUCCCUUUGGAACAUACCAACCUGAAGCUGGCCGGACAUCCUGCUUUCCAUGUGGAGGAGGUCUGACAACAAAAUACAGCAGUGCAUCGAUGUUUCAGGACUGCGAGACGAAAGUUCAAUGUUCACCUGGUCAUUUUUAUAACACUACAACUCACCGGUGUAUUCGCUGCACAGUUGGGACCUACCAACCUGAGUUUGGUCAAAAUUAUUGUAUUUCAUGCCCUGGAAACACCACUACUGAUUUUGAUGGAUCAACAAACAUAACCCAGUGUAAAAAUAGACACUGUGGAGGUGAACUUGGAGAUUUUACUGGAUACAUUGAAUCCCCAAACUAUCCUGGGAAUUACCCUGCGAACAUUGAAUGUACGUGGACUAUAAAUCCACCUCCUAAGCGCCGCAUUCUGAUUGUGGUUCCAGAAAUAUUUCUGCCAAUAGAUGAUGAAUGUGGAGACUACCUGGUGAUGCGAAAAAGUUCUUCCUCCAAUUCUGUGACCACAUAUGAAACCUGCCAAACCUACGAACGCCCUAUAGCUUUCACGUCUAGGUCUAAAAAACUGUGGAUCCAGUUCAAGUCAAAUGAAGGGAAUAGUGCCAAAGGAUUCCAGGUGCCUUAUGUAACAUAUGAUGAGGAUUACCAGGAGCUAAUAGAAGACAUCGUUCGGGAUGGUAGACUCUAUGCAUCUGAAAAUCAUCAAGAGAUACUUAAGGAUAAGAAGCUGAUAAAGGCAUUGUUUGAUGUCUUGGCACAUCCGCAGAACUACUUCAAGUACACAGCACAAGAGUCUAGAGAGAUGUUCCCACGAUCCUUUAUUCGACUGCUGCGCUCUAAAGUUUCCAGAUUUUUGAGACCUUACAAAUAACCGGUCCUACAUUUUGAACACUAAACAGCCCCUAACGUUGCGGCAGAGCAUUGUGAUGGGUGGGGCUGUGUCUGAGUGUUUUGCACACUGGCAGAGAGACUGUAGGGAAGCUCUCCAAUUAGCUCUUUUGCAGAGUUUGGCUUUCACAGCUAAUAUAAAUGUUUUUGGCAAACAGAAUUUUGAUUCCUUUCCAGAUGAUCCCUUUUGGGUCACAAGAUGCUCUCCGGAUUAAGUGUCUGUUGGAUUAGAGACUGGGAAUAUUUUCUGUAAUCAAAUGAUGCCAGGCAUGAUAUCUUCAGAGCUCUGCCCUCGUGCUGCAUCAGUAACACAAAAGCUAAUAAAUGUGGACGUGCUAAGUACUGCCAUGUGGCUCUGGGCUGUAAUUAAGGCUUGUCACCUCCAGAAAGCUGCACUCACAUUCAGUCUGUCUGAAAGUGAAAACAAGUUUGAUGUCCCUCUCAAACCUUCACGGCCAGGAAAUUCAGAGCAGAGGUUGAAAUGGUCUUAACCCAAACCAGUGAAUCCAAGUUUUGCACAAGAUGUGAUUUUCUCUCUCUGUCUCAUACUAGGUACAGUACCUAUGCAUGGCAAAGGAAACUAAGGAUGAAAUUUCAGCCUGAACUCUAAUGACCAGAUUUACCACUGCAUUGCUCCAGUUUCUGCUGAUGUCUCUCUUUUGAUUUCAGUGGUUAUAUUAGAGUAAACUGGGAGUACCGCAAUGAUGAAUCAGACCUUGAUCAAACUGAUCCACCAGCCAACAGCUCCUGGCUUGCCUGGAGUUUGAAGAAGUGGCAGAGUGGCUAUGUAACUUUUCUCUGCCAAAUCCCAGUAUAUUUCCCCUUCCACACAGCCCCUAUUCUUAGGUUAUGCUUUGGCCCUUUGAAAAUGGAGAGUUAUGAAUGUUCAUAUAUGGGCAACUGCAGAUUAACUCCCAAAUCCCAUUUUAAAUAUUCACUUCUACAUUAACCUCUCACACAUCACUGUUACAUCUUUCUGUGUCCUCCAUUACCAUAGUAAUGGGCACCUCACAACACCCCUGUGAUGUAGGGAAGUUCUAUUAUUCCCAUUUUACAGAUGGGGAGCUGAGGCACAGAGAG